UACAUAGUGAUUGAUCAUUGCCAUGCCUAGUUGGUUAGUUAAUUUGUUCGUCUCAGCCAACAUAUAGUAAGAAAGCUGUCAUUUACAGCUACUUCACUUUAAAAAUAUUUUUAAAACUAUUCUUAUCUCCAAAUGACUUUCAAACUAACAAAAUAUUUCUGAUGUGGCAAUCCUCGCACUUAAGACUGAAGUCUAAAAAAAUUAGCCUACAAAGAAAAGCAACGGAUGAAAAUGGAAGAAAGUGUAACUUAUCUUUUCAUGGAUUCAUUCAACAUGGGCAACUGGCUACAUUGGACCUUGUAGUGCAUCCUAAUGUGAGAUGCCAGCCAUUAUUUCUGUAUAUUGAAUUUCUGUAUAUUGAAUGAACCAUCCUGUCAAGCCAUAAUAUUGUUACCUGGUUUUAAAAAAAAUAUGCAAUGUGGAUGCAGCAAUUGCAUCUUGGUAGCGUGUUGUGUAAACCUGGCUAUAACAUUACUCUGGAAGAAAUUAAAAUGUCUCCUUUUGCUGUCAGUAAGUACUGGCAGGAAAUGCCAACUGAGGGGAAAACUCUGUCAAUGUAUUCACUGAUUUAUCUGACUUGGAAUUGGCCCUAUGGUAUGCAGACAAGUAAAUCAAGAGGAUAAUUUUGUAGACUUCUGUAGAGAAUGUGCAUGUGUCAAUUAAAGAUUUAUUAUAUAGUUGCCUAUUCUUGUAAGUGUUUACAUAAUAAUUUGAUUAAUACAGAUGGUGCUUUGAGGGGCUGUGAGAAAUGUUUUUAAAAUGCAGCUGUUUAAAAACUUUGUCCCUUAAAGCAUGGCACCAGGAAAACUAAUGCUUUUCAGGAUCAUGUAAUUUUUGUUUUUCUUGUGAUUUAAAGAAACCUGAAGCAGAGGCUGGAUUGUUUAGGUUCUACACCAUACCCCUCCCUUCACUGGCCACACCUUGCUGAUAAAAUGCCAAAGAAAGAAGUAGAAGAAGAAAAAAAGAGGCAAGAGAGAGAGAGAGAAAGAAAAAACGAAAGCUUUUACUAGGUCCCUUUUUCAAAGAAUGACAACAAUUGUAUUUGCUGGCUAAUCAGGCUUUUCAGAAUUGACCAAGAGGAAACAACAUAGCUGGUGAUGACACAAUCCUUGUUGGCAUAGCCACUUAAUGAGGAAACUCCCACAGGGAAAGGCUUUAUAAGUGCUUCAGGAAGGUUGAGACAUUUCUCAGGCAGUGCCGGUGAGUCAAAAAGAGAGAGGGAAAAAGACAGAAGUGCUGGUAGUACAACCAGGUCUCAACUUGACAUCAGGAUGAAUUCUGGCCAUGGCUUCUACCACCUUUCCUCUGGCUACCUUGGAGGACCCUCAGGAUGCCUCCUGCAGCCUAUAGGGGAUUGCUACAGAACUUCCAAUUUCCAUGGAGUAAGCAGCAGUCUUCCCAUGCCUCUGUCCUUUGGAAGCCCUAUCUGGCUGGCUUCUCCUGCUGAGACAAGCUGGGGAGCCUUCAGUGGGAGUCAGGGAAACCUCUUCAUGGGUGGGAACGAAAAGCGGACCAUGCAGGAGCUGAAUGACCGCUUGGCUUCCUACUUAGAAAAAGUACGAUCUUUGGAGGAAGCCAACACACAGCUGGAGGGCUGCAUCCGGGAAUGGCACCAGAAGAGAUCUCAUGGCACCCAGCGAGACUUCAAGGAUUACGAGCACAACAUCUCAGACAUGCACGAGAGGAUUGAGACUGGACGGGUUACCAAUGCAGGCCUUGUUCUACAGAUUGACAAUGCCAAAAUGGCAACAGAGGAUUUCAGGCUCAACUCCUUGGGAAAGCCUUUGUGCUUUACUGAGAUGGGACAGUAUAUUCCAGGAAGCAUGCGAAGAAAGAAUAUGGAGACACAUGGCACACCCAAAGACUUUAAAGUGAAUGUGAAGGUGAACAAAACUCCACAAGAAGAUUUAUCAAAGAUCCUGGCAGGGAUAAGAGCGGAUUAUGAAGCUAUAAUAGAAAAAAACCGCCGAAGUCUUGAUUCUUGGUUCCAACAACAGAUUGGAAAUGAAUCUUCAGAGGGGCAACACAACCACGAAGAACUACAAAACAGCCAGAAAGAAAUCUGUGAGCUGAAUCGCACACUGCAAACCCUGGAAAUUGAUUUCCAGACAGAACUAAAUAAGAAAUUUGCCCUAGAAAAUAAUAUGGCAGAAACCAAGGCUCGCUAUACUUUCCAGCUUCAAAGUAUCCAAAACCUCAUCAAAAAAUGUGAAGAAGAGCUCAGCAAGUUUCGACAUGAUAUCAAAUGUCAAAAUAAUCAGUACAAGGUCCUCUUUGGAAUAAAAACACGUCUGGAGAGGGAAAUUUCUACUUAUCGUCAGCUUCUGGAUGGUGAUGUUGAUGGGAAAACCGGCACAAGCUUUAGAGAAUACAGAUCAAGCAAUCCAAACCUGAAAAAAAUUGUGCAAGAGACUGUGGACGGAGAGGUAGUCUCUACACAUACUACUGAGAUCAAACGGCAGGCAUGAUUUCCAAUGUGAAGGAAAAUUUACUUAUCUGCAAAUCAUAUACAGAUUUGACUAUUUAAUGAAAACAGUUCUAUAUACAGUCUUGGGGAUUCUGAAUUCUUUUUCUCAAUUUUCAUCUGCAUGUAAUUUAAUAUGAGUGCAAAUAAUUCUCCAUCUUCUGUUGUAUCAUGCUUCUUUAAAACCUCAAAAUAAAUAAUAGUAUCAUGAAUUUAUUCUGGUUCCCAGUAAUUGGAGUAUCUAAGUUUGACUAUCAAAGAACUUUCCUCAUUCCAUGAGCAAAUGCUGCAUAGUUGUAUUAUUAAAAGAAUAUCUGGCAAGUUAUUUAUGACUAGAAUAUCUAUAGAAAAGUAAGAGGUGUAUUACUUGUCCAAAACUUUCCUAGUCAUGGUUAAAUUUUCAAGUAUAUUCAAAAGAGAAAAGUUGGUAAAAUAUUGAGAAGUUCUGGAGGUAGGGCUAUUUUAUAAUGAAAUAAAUGCUGAAAUGUGGUAAAGACCAUUGAACUAUGGAUGAAACUAAUUCUGCAUACACGAAACUAAGAACUAUCCACUAGAGGUACCUUAAUAAUGGCUGGGCCUCUAUAUACCCAAAGAACAAUAAACA